AUGGAGAGCCGCUUUCUUUCACACCGCCCUUCAGCAACCUUCGAUGCUGCUCGCGACAUUGUUCGAGACGAUGGCGCUGAGGAGAGGCGGACAUCCGCUAGCUCAUCUUUACUCAGACCAAGUGCUCAAUUGACCAUGGACCGUUUUCUGCAGGAUCUAUCAAACGCAGAGCAGCCACCUGUUGACUUUGCGCCGCAGUAUCACACUGGUCGCGUCCCCAAUAGCAAGGCGGGAGAUGGCAAGCCGCGGUUGCUGCUCAUGGGCCAGAGAAGGAGCGGCAAGUCUUCGAUAUCAAGUGUCGUCUUUCACAAGCUGCCGCCAAGUGAGACGCUGUACCUCGAAACGACGUACAGGAUAAAGAAAGAGUCCAUGCACUCGUUCAUGGACUUUCAAGUCUGGGAUCUGCCAGGUCAUCUGGACUACUUCGAUCCAGCUUUCGAUACCGACAACAUCUUCGAGGAGAUUGGAGCUCUGAUAUGGGUUAUCGAUGCCCAAGAUGAGUAUCUCGAUGCAAUUGCGCGACUGAACAUGACCAUCCUCAACCUUCAGCAAUCAUACCCCAACAUCAACGUGGAAGUCUUCGUGCACAAGGUCGACGGUCUUUCAGAUGACUUCCGCGGUGACACUUUCCGCGACAUCAUUCAGCGCGUGCAAGACGAACUAUCGGAUCACGGCUAUGAGCAGGCGCCCAUAUCUUUCUACCAGACUUCCAUCUACGACCAUUCCAUCUUUGAAGCCUUUAGCAAGGUGAUCCAGAAGCUCAUCCCACAGCUUCCCACCCUCGAAGCGCUGCUCAACAACUUGUGUGGUGCCUGUAACAUCGAGAAAGCCUACCUCUUCGACAUCAUGAGCAAGAUCUACAUCGCAACAGAUACAAGCCCGACCGAUAUUGGCAGCUAUGAGAUAUGCUCCGACUACAUUGAUGUAGUCAUCGAUGUUAGUGAGAUCUAUGGCUGGGAUCGACCCGAUGAGGGCGAGGAUGAGAGUGAGACUGGUAACAACGAUGCCGAGAGUCUAAUCACCAUGGAGAAGAAGAACAGCAGAUAUCUCUACUUGCGGGAAAUUAACAAGUAUCUCGCUCUAGUAUGUAUCAUGGGCCAGGAUAAUCCAGCGGAAAAGAAAGCCAUCAUCGACUACAACGUCGGCGUCUUCCAAGCAGGACUCAAAAAGGUCUUCCCCAAGAGCGACAGAGAAGCGCAAGUCGAGAUCCGCGAUAUUCACGACGGCGCUGAAUGA